CAGUGCUCACUUGCGCAUGCACCGCGGGAUUGGAUGUUAUUGGCGCGCUUUGCAAUAGUCUCCAGACAUCUGCACCUCUGAGUCUUUUCAGCGUCCACUUGUGUGGAUUCCGCUACCUGUGGGCGCUCCUACGUGCCGUUAAAAUAGCCUUCUCGGAGAUCAGGUAAAGGAAGAGCGUGAUGGCCACGUCAGAGCCGCGAGCCACCAGCGGGGAACAGGACCCCAACACCGCCAAUUUAAGACCCUCAUCCACAACCAACGAAUAUGCGUGGAUGCAUGGCUGUACAAGGAAACUGGGCAUGAGGAUUUGUGGGUUCCUGCAGAAGAACAACAGCCUGGAGGAGAAAGGUAGACUGGGUCAGAAGAACCUGCUCUCCUGUGACAAUAGUGACAGGGACGCCCGGUUCCGACGCACCGAGACCGACUUCUCAAACUUGUUUGCCCGAGACUUGUUGCCCGCAAAGAAUGGCGAGGAACCUACCAUGCAGUUUUUACUGGAGUUGGUUGACAUCUUAACCAACUAUGUGAAGAAGACGUUCGACCGUUCCACCAAGGUGCUGGACUUCCACCACCCGCACCAGCUCCUGGAGGGCAUGGAGGGCUUUAACCUGGAGUUGUCCGACCAGCCCGAGUCUCUGGAACAGAUCUUGGUGGACUGCAGGGACACGCUCAAAUAUGGCGUUCGGACAGGUCACCCUCGCUUUUUCAACCAGUUGUCCUCAGGUUUAGACAUUAUUGGCCUGGCAGGAGAGUGGCUCACCUCCACCGCCAACACCAACAUGUUCACCUACGAGAUCGCUCCAGUGUUUGUUUUAAUGGAGCAGCUGACCUUAAAGAAGAUGAGAGAGAUGAUUGGCUGGCCUGAUGGCGAGGGAGAUGGCCUCUUCUCGCCAGGCGGCGCUAUUUCCAACAUGUACAGUGUGAUGAUCGCUCGUUACAAGUAUUUCCCCGAGGUCAAGACAAAGGGCAUGUCUGCUGCUCCUCGCCUGGUUCUGUUCACGUCCGAACAUAGUCACUACUCCAUAAAGAAGGCUGGUGCCGCUCUGGGUUUUGGCACCGAGAAUGUGAUUCUGCUGAGCACAGAUGAGAGGGGGAGGGUCAUUCCUGCUGAUCUGGAGGCUAAGGUCAUUGACGCUAAACAGAAGGGUUACGUGCCGUUAUUUGUCAAUGCCACAGGUGGCUCCACCGUCUAUGGCGCCUUUGACCCUAUCAAUGAGAUUGCUGACAUUUGCGAGAAGUACAACCUGUGGCUGCACGUUGACGGUGCGUGGGGUGGUGGUCUGCUGAUGUCAAGGAAACACCGCCAUAAGCUCAAUGGAAUUGAGAGAGCCAACUCUGUCACAUGGAACCCUCACAAGAUGAUGGGCGUGCCGCUGCAGUGUUCAGCCAUCCUCGUUCGGGAAAAGGGACUGAUGGGGGGCUGUAACUCCAUGUGUGCUGGCUAUUUGUUCCAACAAGACAAGCAAUACGACGUCACGUAUGACACCGGAGACAAAGCCAUCCAAUGUGGCCGGCACGUGGAUAUAUUUAAAUUCUGGCUCAUGUGGAAAGCCAAGGGCACCACUGGGUUCGAGCAGCACAUUGACAGGUGCUUGGAUCUGUCUCAGUACCUGUAUAACAAGAUUAAGAACAGGGAGGGAUAUGAGAUGGUGUUUGAUGGAGAGCCUCAGCACACCAACGUUUGCUUCUGGUACAUUCCGCCCAAUUUGAGGGGGAUGCCGGACACUGAGGAGAGGCGGGAAAAGCUGCAUAGGGUUGCACCAAAAAUCAAGGCCAUGAUGAUGGAGUCAGGGACCACCAUGGUGGGCUACCAGCCUCAGGGCAAUAAAGUCAACUUCUUCCGUAUGGUGGUCUCCAACCAUGCGGCCACCCAAUCUGAUAUCGACUUCCUCAUCGAUGAGAUAGAGAGGUUGGGUCAUGACCUGUAGACCUCCGUUCACAGCGCUCCUGCGUUGUUCUACGGCACAUCAUCCAGACGAGAGAACCCAAUAAGACGACUUCAAGACCCCCACCCCCGCUCCCUGCACACACAUUUGUCCUCCUUUAGCUGCGUAUAUGCCGAUAUAGUAUCAGGUAACUGAUGGAUGUGUGCUCGUGGGAUGUCUUGUACUGCGUGUGUUCAAUCUAGUGUCAUUUAAUGUAAAUUGUUGUUCACUGUGAACAUGUGUGUGUGUGUGUCUGUCUGUGUGUGUGUGUGCGCUCGCGAGGGUGUACUUGUGUGAGCAAAUAGCAGAAAAGCACAGCUCCAAAUUAUUCUUGUCUACACAAGAGUGUGGUGGGCACACCGUGUGCAUAUAUAUAAAGUAUUUCAGAGCUAUUUAUUAAAGAUAAGCUAAUGAACGUAUAGGUACAGCAUAGCUACAAAAUGUCAUUUUUUGAGAAGAUCUGUCACAUUCUUGAAGUUGGACAGGUCAUGGCAAUGAAAAAAUGCAGUUGUGAAGAUUUUAAAAAUGCUGGCUCAUUGUCGGUUUGAUGCAAUCUUGUGAUACCUGUAUGUGUUCUUAGAAAGUAUUUCUUCAUAUUUUAUUCUACAGAAAAUAUUGCAUUUCACUGUAUACAAAUUCAGGUAUUUUAAUGUAAAUGUAUCUUCAUGUGUGGUACAUGGUGAUAAUUUGUACAUUUAAAAUGGAAAUAAUACUGGCCAAAGAAAGAAUAGAGUGGAAAUAGUGCAAGUCAUUAUUCCUCAUAUAUAACUUCUAGAUGUUUGUAACAUGUGACCCUCAACUGCAAUGCAAUUUCUAUCGUGCGUUUACUUUUGUGAUUGUGAGUCUUUGGAUGUCUGAGCUAAGUGACGAAAGAAAUCUAAAGUAUAUGUUCCGCUGGCUAAGCGAGUCGCAUAGGAAUGUGAGAAUGUAUUCUCUUCUUGAGAAUGGGUAGCAAGAGUUGUGGUAUCUGCUGGAAUUCCAAUGCAUUUACUGUAAUAUAAUAUAUUUAUUGUAAUACAUAUUCAUUGUAUUUCCAGUAUUAUGGGAGCUCAACGGAAUAUCUUGUUUGAGUAGUUCGUCUUUGUGUCUUUGCACUAGGUUCACCUUUCUUUCCUCCAUUGUAAAUGGAUGUGUACAAUGAGAUUUAAUUUAAUGAAACAUUGAUGGUAACCAGGGACCAUUAUGUGAAUAGGAUUAUUGCAAAAUCAUAUUGAAACAAUUUGUUGUCAGGAAAUCCUUUACGUGACCAGGAUGGUUUUGAGAUCAAUAUAGCUGUAAAGAAUGUUAGCCAGGAGAUUAUCUGGAGGCACUUUAAUAAAAAACACAGCGUC